UUUUGUCCGGGAGUCGAAGAAGCGGAGGCUCUGAUCGUCUGUACUACGAAUUAGGGAGUCUCGGUUCUGAGUCCUUUGCACAUUGAGGGCAGGAUGACGGAGGCUUCGCGGCACUCCGGAGGACCGCAAACCAAAUGAAGAGAACUCGGAACUGCGCGUGGCCACGGAACCUUAGGAGGCUGGAUUGGAAAUCCAGCAGGAAGGAAGACAGACCGCGCCUGUUGGGCCACGUGACUGGAAGUUAGGGACCUGGGCGGCGCUGGGUGCCGAAGGCGACGUGAACACACUGAGUGUAUGUGCAGCCUUCAUGAAAGCCGACAGAGAAGUGAAGCGCCUAUUUGUGGGUGGCCUUGGUCAGAACAUUUCCAAGGCAGACCUACAAAAUCAGUUCAGCAGAUUUGGAGAAGUUUCUGAUGUGGAGCUCAUCACACGAAAAGAUGACCAAGGAAACCCACAGAAAGUCUUUGCAUAUAUCAACAUCAGAGUAGCAGAAGCAGAUCUGAACAAAUGUAUGUCUGUUUUAAAUAAAACAAAAUGGAAAGGUGGAACACUACAAAUUCAGCUAGCAAAAGAAAGUUUUUUGCACAGAUUGGCCCAGGAGAGAGAAGAAUCAAAGGCAAAGAAAGAAAAAUCAACAAUAGACAACACCAGCUUUUUGGAAAAGUUGGGAGUGGUGGAUUUCCAUGUGAAAGCUGUGCCAGGGACAGAAGUGCCAGGUCACAAGAAUUGGGUUGUGAGUAAAUUUGGAAGAGUAUUACCUGUCCUUCACCUAAAGAAUCAACAUAAACGUAAAAUCAUGAAGUACGACCCAUCAAAAUACUGCCACAACUUAAAGAAGAUCGCAGAGGAUGUCACUCAUGCCACCCCUGUGUCCAGCCUUACCUGGGAACUGGAAGGAGGGGAUGACCCUAUGAGUAAGAAGCGACGAGGGGAGUUCUGUGCUGUUCACAGCCCCCCCCGGAAGAGGAUCAAAGCGCAAAAGGACGAGGCGUCCGCUGCUUCUCCAGCUGUGAGAGCAAGACCCCGCAUGGUCCCAGGGAGUCUGUAUCCCACACAACAAGAGGUGGCACAGGAAGCACCCUGUAAGCCCGUUACUGCUCAGUUGCCCUGUGUCCCUGCUUCUCACAGCCAGAAACUUAACAGUGUGUUCGUUCAGACGUCUGGCACAGGAACUACCAGGCACAGAAAUCACAUGUCUGAAGAAGAGAUGCGAUUACCGAUCGCAAGAGAGGAAAGCCUGGGGAAAACUACAUGGUCCUCAGUGGGUGACUCUGUAGAUGAGCCCUUUGAAGUCGUACGGGGGGACUUCAGGUCAGGUGUUCAUAAGUUGCGUUCUGUAACAGCAUUAGGUGUCAGUAAUGUCUCCUGCCGGGAUGGGAAUGGUAAUGCCCUGGGAAACGAUUGCAACUAUGAUUCAGGAGAUACAGAUGAGAUCAUCGCAGCAAAGAAAAAGACCAGUGAGGUCAAAAACAAUGCAGAGUUUUCACAAAUGGAAAAGUCUGCACACAGGAAAACGUCUUUGAGAAAUAGAAAAAACUGUGUUAAAGCGCGAAAAAGAAAGAACAACCCAGAGCAAGCCGUCAGUCCCAGGGUCACAGCCCACUGCAGCAGCAGGGAAGAGGCAGGCUCUGCAUCAGAAUCUGCCGAGUCUUCGGGAGAUGAGGAGUAUGAUGCCAUGAUGAAAAACUGCCCCCGUGUGCAGCUCACCUUAGCUGAUCUGGAACAGUUGGCUGGCGGCAUCCUGCAGCCUCCCGAAGAAGAUCCUGAGCACGGUGGCCAGGAGACCGCCGCAAAGUGUGACAGGACUCCGGGUGGCCUGCACAGAGCAGCCCAGCCAUGUAUCUGUCCCGAGGACAUUGUGGCUGCCCUUUUAGAAGGAGAAGAGAACACCUGUGGAAAACAGAAACUGAAGGAAAACAACUUAAAGCCAAAAUUCCAGGCUUUCAAGGGAGUAGGCUGUCUCUAUGGAAAGGAAUCAAUAAAAAAACACUUGAAAGAGGUUGUUGCCUCUGACAAUACAAAUAAAGAUCAGAAUUCCUUGAAACUUGAUCCCAGUAGCAUGUCGAUGGAGAAGGGGUCCCCAUCAAGCAAACUAACUCCUCUCCAACAUGCAAAGAAGACCAAGGACCCAAACCAAACUCGGCCUCAAAAGAGACGUUCUCCUUUCCAGAGCCAGGAUCACAAGAUGGUGUCCCCUAGCAGUUUGGAAGAGGGAGGUAGGAAUCCUAUUUCUAGUCUUUUGCCGUUAAAAGAUAAGGAAUAUUUAAGUCUUGGUGCAAAAACCCCCAAGGUAGACUUUGACGGAGACUGCCGCCACAGGACCCGGGAGACCGGAGAGGGCUCCGGACAGAGCAGCCACCCGGCGCCUGGGAAAGCACUGGAGGGCUCCUCCAGGAGAGACGCUCGGGGAAGCAACACCAACUUCCCACUUUCUGUGAACAUUUGGUCCGAUGUUCACACUAAGGAGAAGCAUGCUGAAGACAAUCAGAAGCGUUUGGCAGCCUUGGAAGCAAGGCAGAAAGCAAAGGAAGUGCGGAAGAAGCUGGUUCAUGACGCCCUGGCAGACUUGGAUGGUCAUCCAGAGGACAAGCCAACACACAUCAUCUUUGGCUCUGACAGCGAGACAGAGGAGCAAAACCACCUGGGAGAGGAGCCCCUGAAGGAGUCCGUGAGCAGAGUAUCUGGGAGGCUGUUUGACAGCAGUGAAGACGAAGAAUCUGGCUCCGAGGACAGUCACAGGUUCAGAAUUAAACCUCAGUUUGAGGGCAGAGCUGGGCAGAAGCUCCUGGACUUGCAGUCUCACUUCGGCACUGACGACAGAUUCCGCAUGGACUCCCGGUUUCUGGAGAGUGACAGUGAAGAGGAACAGGAAGAGGUAAAUGAUGAGAGAACAGCGGAGGAAGAGGAACUUGCUGCAGAGAAGCUCAAAGCCCUGAACAUCGUGCAGAGUGUUUUGCACACCGCCGUGAGCAGUUCUGCACAUAAAGGAUCCGGAGCUGCCAAGAAAUUUAGGGAUGUCAUACAUUAUGAUCCAACGAGGCAUGACCACGCCACUUACGAAAGGAAGAGCAGUGAUAAACCAAAGGAAAGUAAAGCAAAACGGAGGAAACAAAGGGAGGAGGCCGAGAAGCUGCCUGAAGUGUCUAAAGAGAUGUAUUAUAGCGUUGCUGCGGACAUAAAGGAAAUAUUUCAGACUACAGAAGUUACCAGUGAAACAGCAGACGACACACCCUCUAGUGAGAAUCGCGAUGGCGAGAAAGUUGACACCUACCACCCGGCCACUCUGACCCCAGCGGCCAAGCAGCCUGGAGGGUUCACGUUCUCCUUUUUUGAUUCAGACGCUAGAGAUGUAAAGGAAGGAGGUUUACCUGUAAAGGCCAACAUGAGCGGAAAGUUAAACGCCUGUUACUUAGUGAUAGUCUCCCCUGGUAAGGGAGAUUGCUGUUCCUCACUUGGUGUUCACGACGGAAGUGCAGCUUUCCUGGAAGUUCACUGUAAAAAACAGGAUGUCUGCAUCUCGGAGAAUGCCUACAAAGCUGAGCCGGUGAAAACCGGGAAGGUUGUCUGGCAGGGAGCCCCUCGUUUCCAAGAUAGCAGUUCCGAAGAGGAGGAUGUUGCCGAAGAAGAAACAGAAGACAGGGAGCCCAGCCCCAGAGAAGUAUCAUUACCUGAGAAAGAGACCACUAGAUUUUUCUUUUUUUCUAAGAAUGAUGAAAGACUUCAUGUAGGUUCUGAUUUAUUCUGGAGAGGAGUGGGGAAUAAUAUUAGCAGGAAUUCUUGGGAGGCCAGAACAAACAACUUGCGGAUGGACUGCCGGAAGAAACAUAAAGAUGCCAAAAGGAGAGUGAAACCAAAAUAACUGUCAGCAUUGGUUUUGAUACAAAUGUGAAGAAGGCUCACCUAUGGAAACUGGGUGAUACAGAAAAUAAUUUUAAAUGAGAAGAACUCACAGUGAAGGAGUAUUCAAAAUCUGCCUGAUGGAUAUCACUCUGCUAUCUUUUUCUGUGGCUUUCCUCUGUAUCUCUUCCUAAGUAACUCUUCAAAAAAAUAACCUGAACUUUUUUUUUCCUAACAAAGCACAAGACAAUCCCCCAAAAUGCUUUUUAUAUUAUAAUCUCUGUGCUAUUCUCAGUAACUACUAGGUAUUUCUAAUGCGGGGUUUACAUAAAGUCUUUAAAUGUAUGGGUAAGAGCACUUAUAUUUUCCAAAUUCAGUUUUGUGUAAAUUAUAUGCUACUUGAAAUAUUUAUUUCUCAUUGUAUAAAAUAUACUUUACCUCCAUUUUGUCCUUUUUUUAAAAAGUUGAAUGGGGGGGUGCCUGGGUGGCUCAGUCGGUUGAGCGACUGCCUUCGGCUCAGGUCAUGAUCCCGGAGUCCUGGGAUCGAGCCCCACAUCGGGCUCCCGGCUCGGCGGGGAGCCUGCUUCUCCCUCUGACCCUCCCCCCUCUCAUGCUGUUUCUCUCUCGCUCGCUCGCUCUCUAAUAAAUAAAUAAAUAAAGUCUUUAAAAAAAAAAAA